AUGUCAGAAGACGAAGAGAAACGUCUGAAGCAGUUGGAAGACGCUAGGAAGCGAGUCGAAGAGUUGAAGAACAGAAAGAAGAGAAAGGACAAGAAGAAGAAGAAGAGCGAAUCCGAUGAAUUGACUAGUGAAAUCGUCAAAAAAGAAGGCGAGGACGCAGAAGCCGACACGAAAGAAUCGAAUUUAGGCGAUGCGAACGUGGACGAGCCUAGUGUUGAUGAGCAACUUAGUGCCCCAGCGGAAGCCGAGAAAGAGCAAGACAUUCCAGUGAAUGAAUUGGGUGCUUCGCCACAGAAAGAGGUUGCUGGCUCGCCAACUUUCAAAGGUGAUGUUCAACUUUCAAGUUCCUGUGACGGCGCUGCCGAAGCAAAGAAAAACGAAGACCACAAUAGAACUGAAGAAUCCUCGACACCAAAGGAAAAUUCGGCCUCACCACUGCGGCAACUAAAUAAUGAUCGCGUUACCCCGCAAGUAAUUGAAUAUGGCACGACUUCUCCUUCUUUGGAAGCAAAAGAGCCAGCGUCUGAAACGGAUGCACUUUUCCCUGAAGAGUCUCCCAACUUUCUUUCGGAGCUGCAACGCGAGAAUGACCGCCUCGCGCUAAUAGAUCUUCAAAAACAAGUCGUCGAGCUGACGAGUGAGAUUCGGAGGCUUAAAUUUGUCAACAUGGAGCAAGAAACCACGAUCGAAGAACUGCACGAGCAUGCUCACGAACUGGAAGGUCAAUUGGCUAUCUCGCAGCAAGAAUUGGCGUAUGAAAAACAAUCAAACGCGCAGAGAUCCACUCAACUUACUACGGGGUUCGAAACGGCGAGUUAUGAACAGUCGCACAUAGUGGCCCCCGUAGUAGACCGAGCUGCAAUCAACAAAUGGAAGAAUUGGAAUGUUGAUAUGACUAACUGGAGAAGCAUAGGAUCCGGACCGGUUGUGCAUUUCUAA